GAUUUUUCUUGAAGAACGGAAGGUGGGCUGAAAGUCACGUUUUGCUGUUUUGCAAUCAUUUCUUAAGUUUCCCUGAACACAUAAUUUACACGAAGAUAUUUCAAUAUGAUGCAACCACAGAUACUACUUUUGAAAGAAGGAACUGACACAUCUCAGGGUAAACCCCAGCUAAUAUCGAAUAUCAACGCUUGCCAGAAUGUAGUGGAUGCUGUUCGCACUACUCUAGGACCCAGGGGUAUGGACAAACUGAUUGUAGAAAAAACGGGCAGGGCCACUAUAUCUAAUGAUGGAGCAACUAUACUCAAGCUUCUGGACAUUGUUCAUCCAGCAGCAAAGACCCUUGUAGAUAUUGCCAAAUCCCAGGAUGCUGAAGUUGGGGAUGGCACUACUAGUGUUGUAUUACUUGCUGGUGAAUUUUUGAAACAAAUAAAACCCUAUGUUGAGGAGGGUGUGCAUCCAAGGAUCAUCAUCAAGGCAGUUCGUCGGUCCCUACAAAUAUGCCUGGAAAAGAUCACUGAACUAGCUGUUAAAAUUAACAAGGCCAAUGCUGUUGAAUUCAGGACACUAUUAGAAAAAUGUGCAGCAACUGCCAUGAGUUCUAAAUUGAUCAACCAGCAGAGAGCAUUCUUCUCUAAGAUGGUGGUAGAUGCAGUUCUACUCCUAGAUGAUUUGUUGCCCCUCAAUAUGAUUGGCAUCAAGAAGGUUCAAGGUGGCGGUCUUGAAGACUCAAUUUUAGUGGCUGGUGUGGCAUUCAAGAAAACAUUCUCAUAUGCUGGGUUUGAAAUGCAGCCAAAAGUUUACAAAAACUGCAAAAUUGCUCUUUUGAACAUUGAACUAGAGCUGAAAGCUGAAAGGGACAAUGCUGAAGUUAGGGUGGAUAAUGUGAGGGAGUAUCAGAAGAUUGUAGAUGCAGAAUGGAAUAUUUUAUACAGUAAGCUUCAGAAGAUAUAUGAGUCUGGUGCCAAUGUUGUGCUGUCAAAGUUGCCUAUUGGGGAUGUUGCCACUCAAUAUUUUGCUGACAGGCGCACUCUGAAGGCGUGCGGCGGCGCAGUGAUGACGACUGUGAACGACAUCGGCGAUUCGGUGCUCGGCAAGUGUGAGCUGUUCGAGGAGAGGCAGAUCGGCGGCGAGCGGUCCCUGCACGACGCCAUCAUGAUCGUGCGCCGAACAAUCAAAAACGACGCCGUCGUGGCGGGCGGAGGCGCCAUCGAGAUGGAGCUGUCGAAGAUACUGCGCGAGCAUUCGCGCACCAUCGCCGGCAAGGAACAGCUGCUCAUCGGCGCUGUUGCCAAGGCGUUGGAGAUAGUGCCGCGGCAACUGUGCGAGAACGCCGGCUUCGAUGCGACGAAUAUUUUGAACAAGCUGAGACAGAAGCACGCACAGGGCAGCAACUGGUACGGAGUCGAUAUCGGCAAAGAAGACAUCUCCGAUAACUACGAGGCGUGCGUGUGGGAGCCGGCCAUCAUCAAGGUGAACGCUCUGACAGCCGCCACCGAAGCGACUUGUCUCAUUCUCUCCGUCGACGAGACGAUCAAGAAUCAGAAGUCCGCGGAUCCCGCCCAGAUGCCGGGCGGACGUGGUAUGGGCAGGCCCAUCAACUGGUACGGAGUCGAUAUCGGCAAAGAAGACAUCUCCGAUAACUACGAAGCGUGCGUGUGGGAGCCGGCCAUCAUCAAGGUGAACGCUCUGACAGCCGCCACCGAAGCGACUUGUCUCAUUCUGUCCGUCGACGAGACGAUCAAGAAUCAGAAGUCCGCGGAUCCCGCCCAGAUGCCGGGCGGACGUGGUAUGGGCAGACCCAUGUAA